AUGAGCGACAACUCCGCCGUGGUGGACGCCAUGCCCAUGCGCCGAGCUCUUCAACGUUGCAGUGGUGGCCCUGGUUGCCCAUGUGCCUCGCACUCCGGUGACUCAUCGUCUGCGACUCGUUCUCCGCCCUCGGGGUCACCGUCGAGGAGCCAGUCGGCGAGCACUGAGAACACCAACUCUGGCGACUCCAUCAACGACAGCGGCAGCUACCGGUUCACCGAUUCCGAGCAAGGCCAACUACUUAAGAUACAGCAGAUAGGUCUGGAAAACAACUACAACUACGAGCAGUACAACACAAAGGUCCUUCAGACUGAACGCCAUAAUCUUGUUCAGCUCCUUCACCUCUUCAACUUUGUCAACCAUUGUCUCUUCGGUCACCUUCUUGAGUGCAUUCUCCUAGUUGUUAAUGCGCUGGUAAUCUGCUAA